CUAGGUAAGCUCUAAACCUUCUGUAAUAAGCCUGUCAUCAUCAGCUGUCCGGACGGGAAUCUUGGGGCUGAUUUCUCCCACUCUUUUCCUUCGAUAUUCUUUUCUUCAACUUUACAUAUCUUUUUAUUACAUGUAAUUGGAUUGAAACAUUGGCCAAUAUUGAAAACAUGUCGCCCUCAGGGCUACGACAGUGUAUUCGAGACAUCUCGCCUUAUCUCAUACUCUUAGUUGCUAUUAGUACUUUAGGACCGUUACAAUUCGGAUUCCAUCUUGCCGAGCUCAACGCACCUCAAGAUGUCAUCUCCUGCCGUGUUAAACAACAAACCGUCUCUUCGCGAUUAUCCUCCGUCCUAUCCUUCGUAACCUCUUCCCGCCCCUCGGACUCGGACGAUGUAGCUGUCUCUUCCGCCCUGCCCGAUUGCAUUCCCAUGGAAGAUGCCCAAUUCGCCGUCGUAUCCAGUAUGUUCACACUGGGUGGUUUAAUUGGUGCACUUGGUAGUGGUCCUAUUGCAUCUGCAAAAGGUCGCUUGCUAGCUAUGCGAUUGACUAGUUUGUUUUAUGCUAUCGGUUCCAUUAUUGAGACUUUAGGUGCAUCUAUAGCUAUGUUGGCAAUCGGUCGAAUAUUCUCGGGCGUCGGUGCAGGUGCUGCCACUGUUAUCGUACCCAUUUACAUCAGCGAGAUCGCACCACCCCGCGAGCGCGGUACAUUCGGCGCUAUGACCCAGGUCAGCAUCAAUGUUGGCAUCCUGGCCACACAGACUAUGGGCUACUUCCUAAGUUAUGGUUCCGCGUGGAGGUGGAUCCUAGGUGCUGGCAUUAUCAUCGGUGCUGUCCAAGGAUUCGGUCUACUACUUGUACCAGAGAGCCCGGCUUGGUUAGCGGCUAAUAGGAGCGUCACGCAAGCUCGACGGGUAUUACAAAAGAUCCGAGGGCGACACUAUGACAUCGAAGAAGAAACAGCAUCAUGGGGCGACUCUGCAGUGGCACCAGAAGAGGAAGGUCUUUUAGAUGAUCCGGCUGCCGUCCCUAGAAGAGAUUCGACGACUAGUAAAGCUAGCGCGAAGAACACUGCUCAUCUUGGCUUCUUUGAAGUUGUUAAAGACCCUCUAUACCGACCUGCUCUCAUCGCAGCUGUUGGUGUCAUGUGCGCGCAACAAUUAUGCGGUAUCAACUCUAUUAUCAUGUACUCCGUGUCUCUACUCAGGGAUCUUCUGCCCAUUAACUCGGCUCUGUUGACUAUCAUGAUAUCAGCUAUCAACUUAAUCACCACCGUCGCAUGUUCGCCGCUGCCGGACAAGCUAGGGAGGAAGACGUGUCUUCUGUUGUCUAUUUUCGGACAAGGAGCUAGCGCCCUUGCAUUGGCCUUGUCGAUAUUGUUCGAGACCAAGAUCUUGUCGGCUGUAAUGGUACUUUUCUUCGUUGCCUUCUUUGCCGUUGGACUCGGGCCGGUGCCGUUCAUACUCGCGUCCGAACUAGUUGGGCAGGAGGCAGUUGGUGCCACUCAGUCCGCUUGUUUAGGCGCCAAUUACAUUGCCACGUUCCUCGUAGCGCAAUUUUUCCCUAUUAUCAAUGUUGCAUUGAAUGAGCGGUUCGGAGGUGCGGGAUGGGUUUACUUCAUCUUCACUGCCUUGGCCGUUCUCUGCGGUUUAUUUGUACUCUGGCGAGUGCCGGAGACCAAGGGCAAGAAGGAUGUAGAUGAAGUCUGGGGUCGAACGCGACGUCUUGAUUGAACCUUGUAAAGAUUACAUCGUGUAAUAGGGAGAUGAGGUAAUAAUUGUUUUUAUUCAAUAG